AUGGCGAUUGGUGGACCGUGGGCACGACUCACUACUGGCAAGAUGGAACGCGAGGGGCAGUGGCGGAAGAGCCAGCUCGCUGCAGAUAUCCACACGUCUCUACGAAUAAAGGAGCUGAAGUUGCCCACCUACAAGUCCCACUCUCCUCAGAUUGGGAUGCGGCGUUACUUUGCUGACCUGCUGGCUGUCCUCAGUAACCGCUACCAACUGUGCCCAGCGGCUCGCCACCUGGCCGUCUACCUCCUGGACUUGUUCAUGGACCACUACGACGUGGCAGUCCGCCAGCUCUACGUCAUUGCCCUCUCCUGCCUCCUCCUAGCCAGUAAGUUUGAGGAGAAGGAGGAUCGUGUACCAAAGCUGGAGCAGCUAAACUCUCUGGGCUUCAUGUGCAGUCUGAACCUGUCCCUGAGCAAGAAGGACCUGGUCAAGAUGGAGCUCCUCCUCUUAGAGACGUUUGGCUGGAACCUGUGCAUGCCCACGCCGGCCCACUUCAUAGACUACUACCUCCAUGCUGCUGUACAGGAGGGAGACCUGCACAAUGGCUGGCCCCUCUCCUCCCUCAACAAGACCAAAGCCUUCAUGGACAAGUACACACACUACUUCCUGGAAGUCUCACUGCAAGACCAUGCCUUCCUGAGCUUCCGGCCGUCCCAGGUGGCAGCAGCCUGCAUUGCGGCGUCCCGCAUCUGUCUCCAAAUCACCCCAAGCUGGUCCACCGUUCUCCACCUGCUCACCGGAUACUCCUGGGAACACCUCACUCAGUGCAUCAAGCUCAUGCUGCUUGCCCAUGACUACGAUGUGAAACAGGCCAACAAAUCCAAGUCCAACUCUCCGUCUGUCCAGAGUCCUCUCCAACCCCAGGCCCUUUCCUCAACCUCUACAGUCUCUGUCUCCACCCUGAAACAACCCUUACCUACCUCCCAGCAGCUGCUCUUCCAGACAGGUGGCUACCAGCAGCACCUCACCCAGCACUCCACUCCCCUUUCCCAGCUGCACAUGCUAGGUGAGUCCCAGGCUCUGGGCCCUGUCAGGUCUCGGGACUACCUCCAAGCCCACCAGACAGGGCUCCUCACAGGCUCGGUUUCUCAGGGUGUCUUCCCCUCCUACCCCAGCCUGGCCUCAGGGCUGCGCUCCUCCCUUCCCCUGCAGGGACCCAUCUCCAUGCAAGUGGCCCUUGCUGCAGAGCCCCGUCACUGCCUGUCGUACGGGGGAGGCUACCUGGGCUCCCAUCACACCUUCACAGCAGGCUGCUUCGACAGGUGACACCAGGAGAGGGAGGAUAAACGGAACCUGGGGCAGUCAGUGUCCUCCUCCAUCCGUCCUGACCUCAUCCACUGGGGACAAAGGAAACCAAAACAAAGAAGCAAUGUCAAUGCAGAUGUUGCUGAGGUCAUAGUAUUGACCUAACAAAGGCCCUACCUAUUUGAAAUGAGACACUAUUUGUGAUGAGCUGUUUACAUACAGUACAUACUGUUCCCUUCACGUGACUGCCUGCUCUAUGCUGAGAGACUGUGAGGCUGGUUUGGCCACUGUGAUUCUGCUAUCAACUGUGGUUGUGUGGAGCCCCUGCUUCCACGUCAGUUCUCUCAAUGUGGGACUGCUGUUUUUUAUACUAUUAUCUUUCAAUGCGGCUGCCUUAAACAAAAUGAUGACUUUAUGAUCAUGAAAGUAGUCUGUCCUAGCUAUUGUUUACAUGAUCUAUACCAUAUCAGGGUUUGAAGUAUUACUUGAAAGAAUAUGUAUUUAAACAGCUGUGUAAAUUCAUUUCUUUUUUGAUGUUGUGUUUUUAACUUCUACUGGGUGAAAAUAGUGUGUAUUGUAAUGUAGGAGAUGCCUCGCUAGGAUUUCUGACCCAUCUUUGGCCUUGGCUGGUGUAGAGUAGACUCCAUCUUGUUUUGCCUUUCUGGUGCCCCUGGAAGCAGAUGGAGCCAUGGUUCCCAGGGGAACAGCCACAUCAGUCCUCUCAGCACAUCAAACCACAGGGGAGGAAGUGAUGCUUUACUAGCUAGUCCCCAGGGGGGCAAAGCAACACUUUCUCCUCAGUUCAUGUAAAUUCUCCUGACUGGUACCAUUUCAUCUGUGUGUCUUUGACUGAAACCCAUGAAAGUCACACAACCCUCACUGGAACAGCUACUGUUGCUCUCAUUGCCACAAGGACCUUGAGCAGCUAAUGACACCAUGAUCACGUUGGGAAGGCUUCUGCACAGGAUAGCUUGUAGUUCAAUUUCGCUGACAUUCUCAUCUGGUCAUACUACUAAUACUACUACUGAUGUCCUACCACACUCUCCAGGGGGGUUGCUAUUUGUGUAGUUUUACUGCAAUUUACUGUACCUGUAAAAUGGACCUUGCUUGAUCAGAUGGAAAGAGUGCCACCAAACAUGAUACAUCCUAUAAAAUGAGCGAAAGUAUAGUUGACCUUAAAGCUGGAAUCCUUAAGGGUGAAAGUGCCAUGUCUGUUUGCGAUAUUACAACAAAGAAGUUACUGCAAACAGCAAACACUUUUUUCCCCCUUGGACACCAUUGCACACAUGAUAGAACAGCAGCAUACAGUGCAUUCGGAAAGUAUUCAGACCCCUUGACUUUUUCCAAUA